CCUUACAAAAUUCUUACAAUUUCCUCUUUCCAUAGCAAUUAAAUUGCUUUUCCUUGCAGCAGUCUUGCCAAAUAGAAAAGUGAAGAAGUUACAAACCUGACUAUUCACUGCUUGCUUUUUGUCAUAGGAACUGAAUCUUUCAUUCAGAGUUACCAGCAAGGCAAUGCUGAACACAUGUAUUAUUGGGCUGCAUAGCCUUAAAAAACAGUCAUAUGGGAGAGAUGAGGUGAUGUGCUCCAGAUGCAAGAAUGAGGUGGUAAUACCCUUCAGAGACCUGCAAGGUUAAUGGAGCUAGUAAGAAAGAUCAGACCAUGAGAGGUUACAUAUUAGGUAUCAUAUGCAUGCAGGUAUCAUGCAAGGCUACUUUCUUUCACUUCCAAGUGCAUAUAGUAAUUUUUUUGGUGCCAAGCCAAAAGGAGAUCCAUACUAUUUCAGCAGGCUAGAUUUUUUGAGUAAAGUCUAACUUCAGUAAGAAAAUUUUUAGUGGCCUGUACAUAGGUGAGGGUUGAGAACCACUGUGUGAAUUUUUAUAGAGCUGCUCCAUUUAGGCAAGUGUGUUUAGUGGUGGUGCUUGUCUUUAUUCAUCAAUCAGUGUUACUCUUUGGCACCAGUGCUCAGCUUAGGUGCUUUUCCCUUCAGAGAAGGAAUUGAAGAUAAGAGUGAUAGUGGACUAAUGUUUGGGUUUUUUUUCAAGAGAUACUGUGUUUGGAAACUAGUGUUUCAUUAGAGUUUACAUAUUCACAUUUCAUAUUAAUUUUCCCCCUUUUUUGUGAGUCUCUGUUGAUGGUUAUGUAACUUGAAGUUGUGGAAGGAAUGAGGGUGACAGUUGUGCAGUGACACAUUUUUAGCAUCUUCUUAUCAGUAAGUGUAAGAAUCACAAAACAAAUUGAAAGAAUUUCUUCUACCUGAACAGAGUCAGGAGUCUGCUUUUGAGAUUAUUCCUUUGUUUCUCCCCUCAAGUGGGUGGCUCUUACUUGUUUGCACUGUUAUUUUUCUGCCUCUAGAGUUUUUUUCUGCUACCUCAAUUCUUUGGAAAGAAGAGGACAAAUGGAACUACUUCAUUCUUUGAACAACUAGAGAUGAUUCCGGUGUUAUAGGCUGUCAGAAUUUGUGCAGACCUGCAUCCUUUCUACACUGGGCAUGAAAAUUGAAAGGGAUUUGAAACAAGUGUACUACCAAGAGAAGGAACUGAAAAGCAGAAUCUCCGACAGCAGUCACACCUUAUCCUCUUGUCAAAUAAUGGAGCCCUGUACCUCAGAUGAAUUUUUUCAGGCUCUCAACCAUGCUGAACAAACUUUUAAAAAGAUGGAGAACUAUCUUAGACAUAGUCAACUGUGUGAUGUGGUGUUAGUUGCUGGUGAUCGUAGAAUUCCAGCUCACAGAUUGGUUCUCUCCUCUGUUUCGGACUACUUUGCAGCAAUGUUCACUAAUGAUGUAAGGGAAGCAAGACAGGAAGAAAUCAAGAUGGAGGGUGUGGAGCCAAAGGCACUGUGGGCUCUGGUUCAAUAUGCAUAUACAGGUCGCCUUGAAUUAAAAGAAGAUAACAUUGAGUGCCUGUUGUCUACAGCUUGCCUUCUUCAGCUCUCUCAGGUUGUAGAAGCAUGCUGUAAAUUCCUAAUGAAGCAGCUUCAUCCAUCCAAUUGCCUUGGAAUCCGAUCUUUUGCUGAUGCGCAGGGUUGCACUGACUUGCACAAGGUGGCUCACAAUUACACUAUGGAAAACUUCAUGGAAGUAAUUAGAAAUCAGGAAUUUCUGUUAUUGCCAGCCACUGAAAUUGCUAAGCUUUUAGCAAGUGAUGACAUGAAUAUUCCUAAUGAAGAAACUAUACUGAAUGCACUACUUACGUGGGUUCGACAUGAUUUGGAACAGAGAAGGAAAGAUCUCAGUAAACUCCUGGCUUACAUUAGACUGCCUCUGCUUGCUCCACAAUUUCUGGCAGAUAUGGAGAACAACGCACUCUUUAGGGAUGACAUUGAAUGUCAAAAACUCAUUAUGGAAGCAAUGAAGUACCAUCUGUUGCCAGAGAGACGACCUAUGUUGCAAAGCCCUCGCACCAAACCUAGAAAAUCUACAGUGGGCGUUUUGUUUGCAGUUGGAGGAAUGGAUGCAACAAAAGGAGCUACAAGCAUUGAAAAAUAUGAACUUCGUACCAAUACAUGGACUCCAGUUGCAAACAUGAAUGGACGAAGAUUACAGUUUGGAGUUGCAGUCUUAGAUGAUAAAUUGUUUGUUGUUGGUGGCAGAGAUGGACUGAAAACAUUGAACACUGUGGAGUGCUACAACCCUAGAUCAAAAACUUGGAGUGUAAUGCCACCAAUGUCCACUCAUCGUCACGGUCUUGGAGUAGCUGUAUUGGAAGGUCCCAUGUAUGCUGUAGGAGGACAUGAUGGCUGGAGCUACCUGAAUACAGUGGAAAGAUGGGAUCCACAGGCUCGUCAGUGGAACUUUGUAGCUAGUAUGUCAACUCCCAGGAGCACCGUUGGUGUAGCAAUAUUAAAUGGAAAGCUUUAUGCAGUUGGUGGUCGAGAUGGAAGUUCUUGUCUUAAGUCAGUAGAAUGUUUUGAUCCUCAUACAAACAAAUGGACUCUCUGUGCUCAGAUGUCAAAAAGAAGAGGUGGUGUGGGUGUAACCACCUGGAAUGGGUUCUUGUAUGCAAUAGGUGGCCACGAUGCUCCAGCAUCCAACUUAACAUCCAGGCUGUCAGACUGCGUAGAAAGGUAUGAUCCCAAAACAGAUAUGUGGACUGCUGUGGCCUCUAUGAGCAUUAGCAGAGAUGCAGUGGGAGUGUGUCUUCUUGGUGACAAGUUGUACGCUGUUGGAGGAUAUGAUGGUCAAACAUAUCUUAAUACUGUGGAGUCUUAUGAUCCCCAGACAAAUGAAUGGACACAGGUUGCACCACUGUGCUUAGGAAGAGCUGGAGCAUGUGUUGUGACUGUAAAACUCUGAAUUAUUUUCUCUGGGAAGGUGACAUUCUCCUGUGUAGACUCAGAGGUUUACUUUUUCCUCAAGCAAACUAUGAGUGCACCAGUAAACACCAAGUGCAGGAUAUCUACCACAGCAAAGUGUUUGGUCUGAAGCUGACCUGAUGUUCCUAUGGACCAAUAUUAAGCACUUUUUAAAAACUUUGUUAUGCAUAUGUUACAAGAAUUCUACUUGUAAGUAAGUCAGCUGCAACCUGCCAGUUGGCAGCAGAGGACUUCUGUUUAGGAAGCGCUAAGAAAAUGAAUGAACUCACUAUAAUAAUCUAAUGUUAUGGUUCCAGGGCCUUGAUUUCCCCAAAUGCAGAGCAAUGAUGCUAUAAAUGGAUAUACUUUGGUAUAAUUGGGUCUAUCUUUGGGUGAAACAAGUUAUAGGAUUGCACCCCAUAGAUUUUAUUUGCUUGUAAUAAAUGCAAGUAGCUAUCUGAGUGACUACCAGGCAGGCUAACAAACCAAUGCAAACUAUUGUAAAUGGCAGGUGUAAUGCCUGCCUUGGAAAUGAAGUUGUGUAUUUGAUGAAUCUUUUGCACUUUUUAUCAUCAUUCCUAGUUUAGCAAACUUUUUAUUUAACCAAAGCCUUAUUUUAAAUAUUGUCUUAUGCUAACAGAAACCUGCUAUUUAAUAAUUUCUGAUAGAUAUUUUUCACAUCCAGUAUACUUUUUGGAUUUUCAAAAUUGUUAUGCAAGAUGCAUCAUACCUUUUUCUCUGCUUUGGUUCUUGUAUUUACUUUGCUAUUUGUAUGAGUUAUUGGAAGAAUUCUAAAGUGUGAUAAACAAUUAACCAAUUUAAGUUUAAUAUUUGCACUUUGGAAUUUUUGAAGCAUUCCAUUACAUCUAGACUAAUUACAUUUUUAAAUGAGGCUUUGCACUACUAUGAGAAGUAUAAUUUUAUAAGAUGAAGAAAUUGUCUGUCUUUCCUGUAAGGUUAUUUAAAAAUUUAAAGAGCUCAAUCCUGCCAGAUGCUCAGCUGCCAGCAUUUAAGCACGUUCAGCAUCUUACAGGAGAGUGACGUGUGCCUCGCAGGACUGUAUCAAAUUAAUUACCUUAUUUAAGUUACCUAAUUUUUUCAGAUACUUUAUAAUUUGCCUUUCUCGAGCCCUCUGCUGUUACACCGAAUUGCUUUGAACGGUCUAAAUGUUCUCGAGAGAAGCCUUUUUGUAUUUGCUUUUAUGUGCCUUGUCCCUUAUGUUCUCCGAACAGCGCCGCGCGUUAAAAACGGGAAGAUGUGAACUCAUUGAAUGUUUUGGGUUUGUUUCUUUUUAAAAAAAAAAAAAGUUUUAAGUGCCCGAUACCCAAAGUCCUUUGUACGUUUGUAAUUUUAAACGUGUGUUUUAACGCUCUCGGCGAACUAUUUAUUGUUUUAAAAGAAAUCGGUGAUACUUUGUGAUGAAGCUUUGCAGUUGGAAUACAGCUGAUCUCAAGAGGC